CUUAUACUCUUCGUGCUUUCGUUGGAGAAGAGCUUCCUGUGCAUGCGGUGUUGCAAUUAGAAGCGGAAGUAGCUUGUAUGUUGUUCGCACCUGCGUAGAAAUAUCAUACCGACGAAAAAAACUCAAGAGAAUUCCAUUUGAAAUGUACAGCGGUUGUAAUGAAGACGAAAUGGUGGUGCAGAAAAGAUAUUCCUGGUACAGGGUGACGCUGGGAAGUGGCACUGAGAUUGGCUUCUACAUUAAUAGAAGGUCUAGAUGGAUCACGUCUAUUCAAAUAGUCUCCUCUACCCUGGACGCUCAGAACGUAGAGGGCAUGUGUGGGAACUAUAAUGGUGACCGGUAUGACGAUUUUAUCCCGAGGGGAGAGUCCAGCUCAACCUGGAACAAAAACAAAUUCACUCUGUCUUGGAGGGUUUCUUGGAGAGACAGUCUUUUUGCAAAGAACCCAAGGGCCCUUUCUGGUGAUGGAGCAGUUACCAAAACUGAUCCUGUUUAUCAGACAAAAUUUUGUACUUGUUCCUCGUACUGGAGUGUUAGAAGUUCUUACAGACGUCAGUACUACGCCAAAUGUAACCUAGAAGCCCCUACAGAGCCCUGCUCUAGCGGUGUCAGUCAGACCGUGAACGUCUGCUCACAGAAUCGAAGGAAACGUGAUACGGUAGACUCUGAUGACGUCAUGGAUGACGAGGAGGAGGAGUUCGGCUACGACCCAGAAUACAAUGACACAAUAGAACUUCCCGAGGCAACAUGGAUAAACGGUUGGAAUGAGACAUCAGCCACGGACUACUGUAACAAGACAUUUGCCCUUGACCCAGUUGUAUCCUUCUGUAUAGAGCAAGUCAACACCAGCAUAGCAAAGUAUAUCAAUGGCUGUAUAAGUGAUAUUGAGAAAAUAGGCAACACAGACUUUGUGGAGGCAACACUGGACACUCUAAAAAAAGAAUGUGUAACGACCGCGUCACGUGACGAGAGUUUCCAAAAGUCCGAUAACUCUAGUUCUAACAGUACUGAUGGCGACGGUGUCAGUGUCCUGGACAUGUUAUCAACCAUGGUUUGUCCAAAUAACUGCUCACAGAAAGGGGCCUGUAUCAACGAGACUUGUCUGUGUAACGACGGCUACAUAGGGGAUGACUGUUCCUCACAGCUGUCGGUCCCUCCCUCUGAUCUCUCCGUCCCCGAGCACGGGCUCUGUGACACCAGUAAACGGGCAUGUAGGAAAACAAACGUGGUGGGAACUUUUAAUUCCGAAAAUAUAAUUGCCCAUUUGACUUACUUUCAGUCGACAAGCAACGGUAUGGAUAUACAAGACUACUCUGUAUCUACAAAUGUCACAUAUCGACAUAUGAACCUCGUUACUGUUUCACUUCCGGAUUCUCCAUCCUCACGCAGGCGCAAACGGUCUGCCGGAAGUAACAUAUAUGGUUGGAUAAUCAAGCUAAGUUAUGACGGAACUUCGUUUGGAAACUCGACCACAAUCCUUCUGUUUAACAGUGUGACCGAAAGUUGUGAAGCGACGACUCUGAUAUGUACAGUAAAG